CUGUUACUAUGUGAAGGGCAACAGCUGAGCACCAACUUCUAUGAUUCGAGCUGCCCCGAUGCGCUCUCCACCAUCCCCACCGCCAUUCUCACCGCGAUAUCAGAGGAGACGCGCAUGGGAGCCUCCCUUAUUAACCUCCACUUCAAAGACUGCUUUGUCAAUGGGGGCGAUGCAUCGGUGCUCUUGGACUCGACUUCCUCUUUUGAAAGCGAGAAGGAUGCCAUUCAGAAAAUUGGCUCUGCAAGAGGCUUCGAAGUUAUUGAAAACGCAAAGUCGAAAGUGGAAAGCAUAUGUCUAGGCGUGGUCUCCUGUGCCGACAUCCUCGCAGUUGCAGCUAGAGACUCUUCUGUAGCAAUGGGAGGCCCAUCUUGGGAAGUGAAGUUGGGGCGUAGAGACUCUGCAACCGCAAGAAAGAGAGACGGAGAGAUAGAACUCCCUGUCGUCACCGCUUCCUUGCACGUUCUCCUCUUUCUCUUUGGCAGAAAGGGACUCAUUGCCAAAGACAUGGUGGCUCUCUCCGGUGCACAUACCAUAGGCCAAGCCCAGUGCUUCAAUUUCAGGAACAGAAUUUACAAUCACCCCAACAUCAAUGCUGGAAUUGCUAGCAUAAGACGUCCGCACUGCCCGUUAAAUGGCAACAACUCAGCCCUCUCACCUCUCGAUCUUGAUACUCCCGACAGCUUCGACAACAGCUACUUCCAUAAUUUGAGGCAGAAACAGGGUUUGUUAGAGUCAGAUCAAGUGUUGUUUAAUGGUGGAUCAACUGAUGGCAUAGUGUUGUUUUAUAGUAACAGUCAAAGUGCCUUCUACUCGGACUUUGCGGUGGCUAUGGUGAAGAUGGGGGACAUUGAGCCACUUACUGGAACAGCUGGGCAGAUCAGGGCUAGGUGCUCAGUGCCCCAACGGGCUGGUGCAAGUGGCACAAAUAAUGCUAGCAAUGGGAAGUUCAACUGUUGUUCAUUUGUUGUAGAAGGGGCUUUGCAAUUGUGUUGA